AUGCAAAAGCAACCCAAGCCAUUGCGUUCCUCCCCCCCCCCCUUCCAGUCUCUUUCCUGUUUCCAACCCAACCUAUUCGCAUCCCAGAGUAUCCCCCUCCCCUUCCCCCCCCCCCAAUCUCUUUCUUGCACGCGGGCACACAGAACACAUGGCACAUGCACACGCACGCCUGUCGUUCUGUGGUCCUCAACAACCGCCAUGAACCACCACCGUGCCACACCUCACCUGAUUGCGCUGUGUCCAUCUGCCUGCGUUACUCCAACCCCUCUUCUUCCUGCUUGUGCGCGCCGCUUUCCUUCCUUCUAUGGCCCACCCUUGACAACCCCCCUUCGCUUCCGUGCGGCGCUCCGUUUCUUCUCCCCGCUCCCCUGGGCAUCAUCGCCUCCGCACACGCGCGUCCUCCUUUCUCGCCCCAUCCACCAACCCCACCUCCAUCACCGCUGCUCCCUCGCAACCGUCGCUUCCUUGGGCAAACGCAUGCACGCCACCGCGUCGUCAUCGCCGUCAUUUCCCCGUUCCUCUUCUCCUUCCGUGUCUUGUCCCCUCGCCACACUCUUCCUCGCUUCCCUUCAUUCUCCUUCCUUCCUCGGUCACCGCGCCGCGUCACACGUCACGUCACGUCACACCAUCGCUACUUCCGCUUGCGUCGUCCGUCUCGUCCGUCGGCCCGCCGCCUGUUCCCCCCUCUCUUCACUCGACUCUCCCCUUUCUUCGUUUCACUCCUUGAUGUGCAUGAGGGCUCACAGUGAGCUCAGCCUUGUGCUUUGCACUUUGGCAAUCACAUGA